GGACUUCAGUUUCCAUCACAGAGGCAGAGGCAGAGACGAGAAAGAGAGCGAGAGAGAUCGACCGGAGCGAGAGAGAAAGAGAGAGAUAGGGGAGGGAGAGAGGAGAGAUGAUGAACAAGAAAAAGUUGAAAAUUCUUCUCUCUCUCUUCGCGAUAAAUUCAAUAACUCUCUACCUCUAUUUCUCCUCCCACCCCGAUCACUUCCGCCACAAUUCCAGGCCGCCGGCGAACCCCCAUUUCCAUUCCUCGGAGAAUCGUUUGCCAACAUUGGGAAACCACUCUCGCUCCCUUUUCCUGCACACCAAACCCUGGCCGAUACUCCCCUCCUACCUCCCCUGGUCUCAGACCCCUGAUGCCGCUCUCAGAUCCUGCGAAGCCUAUUUCGGCAACGGCUUCUCUUCCCGCUUUGAACUGCUCAGACCCUCCCCCGGGCUCGAUCACAAGUACCGCGACGGGAGUUCUACCGGAGGUUGGUUCAGGUGUUUCUAUAGCGAGACGUUGCAGAGCUCGAUAUGCGAUGCAGGGAGACUUAGGAUGAGCCCCGAUAAGAUUCGGAUGUCUAAGGGAGGAGAGAAACUGGAGACCGUGAUCGGAAGGGGAGAAGAUGAGGAGAUGCCGGUGUUCGAAGCUGGAGCCUUUGAUAUCCAUGUGACUGAUCGAUCUAAGUCCGGGCAGAAACUUAUAGAUGCUGAAUUUUUGAAUCGCUAUGUGCCCCAAGGUGCCAUUCAGAGGCACACUAUGCGUCAGUUGAUCGACUCAAUUCAAUUGGUUGGCCCCGAUGACUUCCAAUGCACUGAGUGGAUUGAGGAACCAACACUUCUGGUGACACGCUUUGAGUAUGCGAACCUUUUCCACACUUUCACAGAUUGGUACAGUGCAUAUGUGGCUUCUAGAGUGACUGGAUUGCCAAGUCGGCCUCAUUUGGUUUUCGUGGAUGGCCACUGUGAGACCCAAUUGGAAGAAACAUGGAAAGCACUGUUUUCAAGCCUCAGAUAUGCAAAAAACUUUAGUGGUACUGUUUGUUUCCGGCGUGCUAUCCUUUCACCUUUGGGGUAUGAAACAGCCCUCUUUAAGGGACUGACAGAAAACAUACGCUGUCAAGGAGCUGCAGCAGGUGAUUUGUGGCAAAACCCUAAUGACCAGAAAACUGCACGGUUGCAUGAAUUCGGGGAGAUGAUAAAAGCAGCCUUUGGGUUUCCAGUGGAUAGACUCAGCAACACAAAACCAGUUUUGGGUCACAAUGUUCUCUUUGUUCGACGUGAAGAUUACUUUGCCCAUCCUCGUCAUGGUGGGAAAGUACAGUCAAGGCUUAGCAAUGAACAAGAGGUGUUUGAUUCGAUUAAGAACUGGGCCUCAGAUCAUUCUGACUGCAAGCUGAACAUAAUCAACGGAUUAUUUGCACACAUGUCAAUGAAGGAGCAGGUCCGAGCAAUACAAGAUGCUUCUGUCAUUAUCGGGGCCCAUGGUGCAGGUAUGACUCACAUCAUAUCUGCAAUGCCUAAAACAGUAAUCCUAGAGAUCAUUAGCAGUGAGUAUAGGCGCCCCCAUUUUGCGCUAAUUGCCCAGUGGAAGGGUCUGGAGUACCAUGCCAUUCAAUUGGAUGGUUCGCGUGCCAAUCCUCCUGUGGUGAUUGACAAGCUCAGCGGCAUUUUAAAAAGCCUGGGAUGCUGAAUUUCACAAUGCUUCAUUCAUUGUUCGAGCCAUUGUCGACAUCACCACCGAGUUUUUUCAAGCGUGUGAUUUCCCGAGUUUUUUCAAGCGUGUGAUUUCCUGAUUAGAAUGACGAGCUCGCCGGGAGAUCAUUCACUUGAUGACAGUCAGACAGUGAAAUCAAGACUAACCAGUGAACAUAUGAAACCAGUAGGAGGCUUGUUAACUCUUGUGUAACAAUUUUCUCCACUUUAGGGGCAAAUCAGCAUGAUAAACUCAUCUCUGUACAUUUUACAAGGAAUCUGACCACUUGUAUCAUGUCGUACAGUCAUUGGAAGGCUUCAUACGCUCCUUCUGCCUUCUGUAUUGCUUGGUGAUUACAUUUUUGAGUGAUAAAGUUGGAAUCUUUCUUUCUUCUUUUUUAUUGUCUUUAGUGUUUUUUUUUUUU